AUGGAGAAGGAAGCCACCACCAUGUACAGGAGGCACCGGCCAGGCGCUGGGGCUCCUCCUCUGGGGGUGGCCACCGGGCACCCCAAGGGGACCAGCGAGGGGGCUGAACUGCAGAGGAGCCAGAGCAUGGGCAGCUUACACCAGAAAGGUGACCCCCCGAUCGGCAUCCAGAAGCCGUCCAAGGAGCUAGAGUCUGAAGAUCAGGGAAAGGACCUAAAAAGCAACGCUGAAGACACCGUCUGUCAGGCAAACCUUGAGGAAGAUCAGCAGGAGAAGGAGCAGGACGCCCUUGAAAAGUUGGACCAUGAGCUUGGAAAGCCGGAGCCAGAGGCUGAGAAGAGUGACUCAGAGGCCAGCGACCAAGAGGAGCGCGAGGAAGACCACAAACGCUCCCAGGAGGCCAAGAAACAGGAGUUGGAGUCCAUAAAGCUGGAAGACCUUCUGGAAAAAGAGAAACCAUCUAUGUUUGUGGAGAUUGACCUGGGAGACCAUACUGAAGAGGUGAUCACAUGUGCCAUGAGAGAAGAGAAGCGGUCCCAAAUGGACAUGGGGGAUUUGUCAGAAGAUGAGACCAGGACCAGCUGGGUGUGCUGCAUUCCAUACUCCACCAGGAAGAAGGUGAGGGAGAACGUGUAG